AUGAAAUUUCAUGUUAAGGGUGAUCCAUUAUACAGGAACACUAGAAUUUUUGAUACGUUUAAAGGAGAAGAAUUCAUUAAGGAAGGUAAGAUUAAUUCUGAAGAUGCUAAGGAUGCUUAUGCUGAUUACAAACAAGGUGGUGAUCUUAAGACUGUUGGUAUGAAGGCUUAUGCUGACUAUGAGGAGAACCAUAAGAAUGACGGUAAGCAGGCAGAAAAGAAGUUACCAUGA